GAAAAAAUACGCCAUCUAACUCUCCCUCCCUCUCUCUCUCUCUCUCUCUCUCUGCGUGCGCGUCUGUCCCUCGAUAGGCAUAUCUGUUCCGUUCUCAAAUCUUCGUUUCCUUCAUCUGUCUCUAUUUUGCGCUUUACAAUGCCAUCUUGAUCACCUUUUAUUUCAUGUCUCUCCCCAACAAACGCUCAGCCACAACCACCAGCGACGCCACCACUAUCCACACUCCGACCUCCUCUCCUCCGUCUUCUCACUUCCCCCCCAUGAAAAAAGCCAAGUCCCAAGCCGUCGCCCUCGACCCCAGAAACGGCCUUCACCACCACCAAGACUUAUCCGCCGCCACCACCGCCAAUAACAGCAACAACGUCGUCGUUUUCGAUCCCUCUUCUAUGGCCCUCGACGAUGAUCUCAAGCCCGACGACUCCUCCGCCCCCCCUCGCUCCGUUGCCGCCAAUUUGGCCAGGAAAAAGGCCCAGCCGCCUCAACCCGCGAAGAAGCUCGUCAUCAAGCUCGUCAAAGCUAAACCAACGCUUCCUGCAAAUUUUGAAGAGCUUACAUGGGCAAAGCUCAAGUCAGCUAUAUCUGCUAUAUUUCUAAAGCAACCGGAUCCUAUUGACUCAGAGAUACUUUAUCAGGCUGUUAAUGAUCUUUGUCUGCACAAAUUGGGGGGAAAUCUUUAUCGACGGAUUGAAAAGGAGUGUGAAUUGCACAUAUCUUCAGCAUUGCAAUCCUUGGUUGGCCAAAGCCCUGAUUUGGUUGUAUUUUUAUCACUUGUUGAGAGAUGCUGGCAGGAUCUUUGUGACCAAAUGUUAUUAAUUCGUGGUAUAGCUUUGUAUCUAGAUAGAACAUAUGUGAAGCAAACACCUAAUGUACGAUCACUGUGGGACAUGGGAUUGCAACUUUUCCGCAAACAUCUUUCAUCGUCUCCAGAAGUUGAGCACAAAACUGUCACUGGCCUUUUAAGAAUGAUAGAAAAGGAAAGAUUAGGUGAAGCAGUGGAUAGGACUCUCCUUAAUCACCUUCUGAAGAUGUUUACUGCUCUAGGAAUUUACUUGGAAAGCUUUGAGAAGCCAUUCCUUGAAUGCACAUCUGAGUUUUAUGCUGCUGAAGGCAUGAAGUACAUGCAGCAAUCAGAUGUUCCAGAUUAUUUGAAGCAUGUGGAGGCAAGGUUGCACGAGGAACAUGAAAGAUGUUUACUCUACCUGGAUGCAAGUACAAGAAAGCCACUAAUAGCAACUGCAGAAAAGCAACUACUUGAACGCCAUAUUUCUGCGAUUCUUGAUAAGGGGUUCAUGAUGCUAAUGAAUGGGAACCGCAUUGAGGACCUCCGGAGGAUGUAUUCACUGUUUUCAAGGGUCAAUGCGCUUGAGUCUCUAAGGCAGGCCCUUAGCUCGUACAUCCGCAGAACUGGACAGGGUGUUGUCAUGGAUGAAGAGAAAGACAAGGAUAUGGUUGCAUCCCUUUUAGAAUUUAAGGCUUUGCUUGACACAAUAUGGGAGGAAAGCUUUUCCAAGAAUGAAUCGUUUUGCAAUACCAUUAAGGAAGCAUUUGAGCAUCUCAUCAAUCUCCGUCAGAACCGACCUGCUGAGCUUAUUGCAAAGUUUCUGGAUGAGAAGCUUCGUGCUGGGAAUAAGGGUACUUCUGAAGAGGAAUUGGAGGGUACUCUAGAUAAAGUUUUGGUUUUAUUCAGGUUCAUCCAGGGCAAGGAUGUGUUUGAAGCAUUCUACAAGAAGGAUCUUGCAAAAAGGCUGCUUUUGGGGAAGAGUGCUUCCAUUGAUGCAGAGAAGUCCAUGAUCUCUAAGCUGAAGACCGAGUGUGGGAGCCAAUUUACAAACAAACUUGAAGGAAUGUUCAAAGACAUUGAAUUAUCAAAAGAGAUAAAUGAAUCUUUCAAACAAUCAUCCCAGGCCAGGACGAAACUCCCAUCAGGGAUUGAGAUGAGUGUGCAUGUUUUAACCACAGGGUACUGGCCAACGUAUCCUCCCAUGGAUGUUAGACUUCCUCAUGAAUUGAAUGUCUACCAGGACAUUUUUAAGGAGUUCUACCUGAGCAAGUACAGCGGGAGGCGCUUAAUGUGGCAAAAUUCAUUAGGUUACUGUGUGUUAAAAGCUGAGUUUCCUAAAGGCAAAAAGGAGUUGGCUGUUUCACUGUUUCAGACUGUUGUUUUGAUGCUCUUUAAUGAUGCCGAGAACCUAAGUUUUCAAGAUAUUAAGGACUCCACUGGGAUUGAGGAUAAGGAACUGAGGAGGACUUUGCAGUCCCUUGCAUGUGGAAAAGUUCGAGUCCUACUAAAGUUGCCCAAGGGUAGAGAUGUGGAAGAUGAUGAUACAUUUGUGUUCAAUGAAGGAUUUACAGCUCCUCUUUACCGAAUAAAGGUAAAUGCAAUCCAGAUGAAGGAGACAGUAGAGGAGAACACAAGCACGACCGAAAGAGUAUUCCAGGAUCGUCAGUAUCAGGUUGAUGCUGCUAUUGUUCGAAUAAUGAAGACUAGGAAAGUACUGAGUCACACGCUUCUGAUAACUGAACUCUUCCAACAGCUCAAGUUUCCAAUUAAGCCUGCUGAUUUGAAGAAAAGGAUUGAAAGCCUCAUCGACAGAGAGUAUCUGGAGCGGGACAAGAACAACCCACAGAUAUACAACUACUUGGCGUGAUUCUAAAUGACACGGCAAACUUGUGUCUUCACCAGAAGCCGAUGUCCAGAUUAAUGUACAGUAACUUGUAGCUUUCAAUUUUUUGUUGAGGCCUACGCUGAUUUUUAAAGCAUAUUUAGUCGCUGUUUCCAAACUUUUCCUUCAGAGGGCUUUGUAUGCUUGGACACUUAUUUGGCCAAAUGGUUAUUUU